GCACGUCCCUUUGUGCGUACUCUGGGCUCCACCGAGGCGCCUGGGCAGCAUGAGCGGCUCGGGCGGGGCGGGGGUGUCCGCCGGCCACGCGCCGCCCGCGCAGGAGGAGGGCAUGACGUGGUGGUACCGCUGGCUGUGUCGCCUGUCGGGCGUGCUGGGGGCCGUCUCUUGUGCCAUUUCUGGCCUCUUCAACUGCAUCACAAUCCACCCUCUGAACAUCGCAGCCGGUGUGUGGAUGAUCAUGAAUGCCUUCAUCCUGUUGCUGUGUGAAGCACCUUUCUGCUGCCAGUUCGUGGAGUUUGCAAAUAUGGUGGCCGAGAAGGUGGACCGGCUGCGUUCCUGGCAUAAGGCUGUCUUCUACUGCGGGAUGGCCAUCGUCCCUAUCAUCAUGAGCCUGACGCUGACCACGUUGCUGGGCAAUGCCAUCGCCUUUGCCACGGGGGUGCUGUAUGGACUCUCUGCCCUGGGCAAAAAGGGUGAUGCCAUCUCCUAUGCCCGGAUCCAGCAGCAGAGGCAGCAGGCAGAUGAGGAGAAGCUGGCGGAGACCCUGGAGGGGGAGCUGUGAAGCAGGUCGGGUGACCCCUUCCUCUCUGCCACCAUCUGGCUCUGUAAGACGAGGCCUGGGAUAGGAGCCCCACAUGUGUCUCUGCACCUGAAGUCCUUCUCUGCUUCACCUGUCCUCCAGACCAGCUGAGCCUGAAUCCAUACCCCUGCUGGUGCUGAGGGCCUAGGCGGCAGGACUUCGGCAUAACAGAGCUACACUUGAGGCAGCACUGUAUGGCUGACCACCCAGCCCACUCCUGCCAGCCAGGCCUGGAAAUAGGACACUGGGGGAUCUGCAGACUCCACGCCACUGGCAGUCCACCUCAGGCCCUGGAGCAUCUUUCCUUGGACACACUGGACCUGGCUUGAGGGGGAGGCACAUCGCCUGGGCUCUUGUCACCCUCACCCAUGGCUGUUUAGGCCUGAGCAUUGUGCAGAGGGAUCAUGCCCCAGAUUUCCCUGCAGGUGGAAUCCACUUGUCCCUUGUCUUCAGGGCAGAGCAGUGUCCUGUGGCCAGCUGCUGCCGCUUGGAGACAUGGCCAGUGUUCUGGGAUCACACAGUGCUCCCAGGAAGCACUGCCCUGGUCAAAGCAGGCUUGGCAGUGGCCAAUAGCUAGUUGGAAGUGCUCCCUCCUCCAGUUCUCUACUACCUUAGACAAGCCUCUCCAGGACACCCUGCUACUCCAUCUCCCACAGGCCUUGCUCAGGCCCGCAGUUCUGUCCGCCCCUGCCUCAGGACUUGGUGCUAAGGAGGUACGGACAGCACUCAUGAGGGUGCUGUCCAUCCCUGUAGCACAGUCCUCCCUGUGUCAGCAGCAGCUAGCUCCCCUAACAGUAGUAGGGGCUGGGCUUGACACACCUCAGGUACUGCUAUUAGCCUGCCCCUGGGAGCCCCCGAGAGCUGGGCAGAUGCCAGAGCCACCUCCCCCACAGGGCUGUCUCCCUGUCCCAGGUGCCAGGCCAUCAGGAGCAAGCCUGCACAGCAACGGCAUGGAGAGCUGGUGUCUGGGCAGCAGCCCUUCUGGACUCUGUGCUC